UGAGACUGACAUCUAGUGGACUUGUUUAUUAUAUGACUGACACACCUGUUUGCACACGUUUCAUAAACACAACCAGGAAAUGAUUUGAGUUCAGAGAAACUGAAACUGAUGGACUGUUGUUUGUUUCAUCUUUCUUUCUUUGAGAACAUACAGUGAAAUGGCAGAAGCGAGUAUUUCAGUGAUUCAGGAUCAGUUCAUCUGUUCAAUCUGUCUGGAUUUACUGAAGGAUCCAGUGGCCAUUCCCUGUGGACACAGUUACUGUAUGAGCUGUAUUACAAACUGCUGGAAUCAAGACGAUCAGAAGAGAAACUACAGCUGCCCUCAGUGCAGACAGACCUUCAAUACAAGACCUGAUUUAUAUAAAAACACCAUGCUGGCUGAAGUGGUGGAGAUGCUGAAGAAGACAAAACUACAAGCUACUCGUCCUGAUCACAGUUAUGCUGGAGCUGGAGAUGUGAAGUGUGACGUCUGUACUGAGAGAAAACACAAAGCUGUCAAGUCCUGUCUGGUGUGUCUGAACUCUUACUGUCAAACUCAUCUUGAACAACAUGAGAAUUUAUUCAAAGGCAAGAAACACAACCUGAUAGACGCCACUGGACGACUUCAGCAGAUGAUCUGCCCUCAACAUGAGAAACUUUUAGAGAUUUACUGUAAAACUGAUCAGCUCUGUAUAUGUCUUCUGUGUAUUGUGGGGAAACACAAACAUCAUGAUACUAUACCAGCUAAAGAAGAGAGGACUGAGAAACAGAAAGAAGUGAAGGAGACGCAGAGAAAAUACCAUCAGAGAAUCCAGGAGAGUCAGAAGAAGCUUCAGGAGCUGAGAGAUGUUGUGGAGACUCAUAAGCGCUCUGCACAGACAGCAGUGGACGACACUGAGAGGAUCUUUACUCAACUGAUCCGAUCCAUUGAGAGAAGACGAUCUGAGGUGACACAGCUGAUCAGAGAUCAGGAAAAGACUGCAGUGAGUGAAGCUGUGGGACUCUUGAAGCGACUGGAGCAGGAGAUUGAUGAUCUGAGGAGGAGAGACGCUGAGCUGGAGCAGCUUUCACACACAGAUGAUCACAUCCAUUUCCUCCAGAGUUUCAAGUCUCUCUCUGUUCCUCCUGGAUCUACAGACUCACUCAGCAUGUAUUAUCAUCACUUCACUGCAGAUCCAAACACAGCAAAUAAACGUCUCUGUCUGUCUGAGGGGAACAGAGUGAAUACUGACACUGACCCAGUCCAGUAUCCUGAUCAUCCAGACAGAUUUAAUCAUUGUCCUCAGGUGUUGUGUAGUGAGAGUUUUAGUGGACGCUGUUAUUGGGAGGUUGAGUGGAUUGGUUGGGUGUUUAUCUCAGUGUCAUAUAAGAGCAUCAAGAGGAAGGGACGGGGCUAUGAGUGUUUGUUUGGAUAUAAUGAUCAGUCCUGGAGUUUGCGCUGCUCUGACUCCAGUUGUUCAUUCAGGCACAAUAAGAUUGAAACUGAACUCCCUGUAGUGCUCAGUUCUUCUAGAAUAGGAGUUUAUGUGGAUCACAGUUCAGGAUCUCUGUCCUUCUACAGCGUCUCUGACACAAUGACCCUCAUCCACAGAGUCAACACCACAUUCACUAAACCUCUCUAUCCUGGGUUUUAUGUUGAUUAUGGAUCAGUGAAACUGUGUGAUCUAACAAUAUAAAUGAUACAGAGAGUCUACAAAUAAUUUUGUCAUAUGAGAAGUCUGAACAUGAUGAAUCAACAACAAAGAAAUAUUAAGUCUUUCAUUUACUAAUUAGCAAUUUCAAAUAACUGAUUGUAAUGUAAUAUUUUAAUAAUUGCAUUUUGUCCUGUACAGUAGUCAUUCACAGUUAAUAUUAUUAAGCAACAGCCAUGUCUUUUAUGUGUACAACCGCUAUAAAUAAAAUGUUAUACAAGCCACUAAAAUGUAUGGGUGUAAAUUUGAAAUGAAUCUCAAUUCACUUAUUUUUAAGA